UCUCACUCCUGACCAGGAACCAACAGACUCAAAGAGAGAGGCUGAACAUCCUGUGGCACAAAAGAAGAACUGAUUUUAUUUAAGCUGAAAGAGAGAGUCUGUCUAUUCUCAUCUCUGCUCUGACAACACUUCUCCCUCCCUCCCUCCCUCUCCCUCUCUCUCUCUCUCUCUCUCUCUCUCUCUCUCCUCAGUUUUAACUAUUACUCUCUUGCCCCGCGAGUUUGCAGACCAAACUUGGAGAGGACGAAAGCUUCACACCGCUCCGUUACCGUGCCCCCAACUCUGGCAGAGGAGAAGAGGAAGUGUAGGUUGGAUUUAAGAGGAAAGUUAAAGGGAAGGAGGCGAAGAUAUUGCAGACAUAAUUAGAUAAACACAGUAAUGUUGUGAGCGCUGUCAGUGAAGUCGGGCUCUUUUUUCGGACUGAACAGCUGUGACACCUUGGAGGAGCCGAGAGACCAGGUAAGACAAAGUAAUAAAAUGCGAUCCAGGAACUGCACCAUGGAUGGUCCAGAUGACGGACGCAUCCAGCCCACUAAAGGUUUCAUCAAGCAGGAGGAGGAAAACACACCAGAGCUUACAAAGAGGAGGAUAAAAGUCCAGCGAGAGGAGAAGGACGGGAGGACGGGGCUGUUGGGGAAACCUCAGAAACCUGCGGAGAGCAGGAAGACAGCGACGCCAGAUCUGUCAAAGAAGGACCUGCUUCACCUGCUGGGAAUCAUGGAAGGAGAAGUUCAGGCCAGAGAGGACAUCAUCGGCCUGCUGAAGUCGGAGAGAACCAGACCGGAGACUCUGGAGGCUCAUUAUGGCUCGGCUGUCCCCAGCAAACCCCUGCAGGCCCUGCAGAGGGACGGACUGCUCACCCACAGCAGCAACAGCGCAGACGAUGUGUAUGAGAAACCCAUGGUCGAGUUGGACCGUCUGGAGGACAAACAGAAGGAGACGUACAGACGGAUGCUAGAGCAGCUGCUGCUGGCCGAGAAGUGCCACCGCCGCACCGUCGCGGACCUGGACAACGAGAAACGCAAACACGCCGACUUCAUGAACAAGAGCGACGACUUCACCAACCUGCUGGAGCAGGAGAGAGAGAGACUCAAAAGGCUGCUGGAGCAGGAAAAGGCCUACCAGGCUCGUAAGGACAAGGACCACAGCAGGAGGCUGGAAAAGGUCAGAGCUGAGCUGGUAAAGCUCAAGUCCUUUGCCCUGAUGUUGGUGGACGAGCGGCAACUGCACAUCGAGCAGAUCGACCAGCAGAGCCAGAAGGUCCAGGACCUCACUCAGAAGCUGCAGGAAAAAGAGCAGCGAUUGGCAGCUAUAACCGACACCGCAAAGGAGGACGGCCAGAAGGUCCUCAAGCUGGAGGCCGAGCUGGAGCAUAGAGCAGCCAAGUUCGCACAGGAGAACGAGGAGAUGACUGCAAAGCUGGCCAACCAAGAGUCACAAAGCCGACAGCUGAGGCUAAAGCUGGCGGGACUUGCGCACAAGAUUGAAGAGCUGGAAGAGAGCAACAAAGUUCUCCAGAAAUCGGAGGAGGACCUGCAGGAGCUGAGGGAGAAGAUCAGCAAAGGGGAGUGUGGCAAUUCGUCUCUCAUGGCUGAGCUGGAGAAUCUGCGGAAGAGAGUGCUGGAGAUGGAGGGAAAGGAUGAGGAGAUCACCAAAACAGAGAACCAGUGCAGGGAGCUGAGGAAGAGGCUGCAGCAUGAGGAGAACCACAGCAAGGAGCUGAGGCUGGAGGUGGAUAAACUGCAGAAGAGAAUGGUUGAACUGGAGAAACUGGAGGGGGCUUUCAGUCGGAGCAAAACAGAUUGCUCUCAGCUUCAUACAAACCUGGAAAAAGAGAAACGUAUUGUGAGGGAUCUGGCCGGGGAGCUGGAGACAGUGAAAACCCGGCUGAUAGAACUGGAGUCAUCAGAGUCAAAGUUUGAAAAGGCAGAAAUGGUCCUCAAAGACGAUCUUGUGAAGUUGAAAUCCUUCACAGUCAUACUGGCAGAUGAAAGGAAAAACAUGGCAGAGAGACUUAAACGGGAAGAACAGAAAAGUGACGAUUUAAGUAAGAUGUUUAAGGCAGAGCAAGGCAAGGUCACAGAGGUCACAGAGAAGCUGAUUGAGGAGAGCAAAAAACUUCUCAAAUUCAAAUCAGAGAUGGAGGUUAAAGUGACAACUCUCACUAAAGAGAAAGAUGAGUUAAAAACUAAACUUGCAAGUGAAGAGGAAAAGUGUAGGGAGCUAAAUAACAAGCUAAGUGGUAUGAAAAUAAGAAUGGAUGGACUUGAGGAGACAGAGAGGGAAAUGCAGAGAAAGUGGGCCAACAAGGAGAGUAACAAAAAUCCAGAUGGAGACAACAAAGUAAAAGAGCUUACGCUAGAGAUCGAAAGACUUAAGAGCAGGCUCAAACAACUCGAGGUGGUGGAGGGAGAUUUAAUGAAAACAGAGGACGAGUACGAUCUACUCGAGAAGAAAUUCAGAACGGAGCAGGACAAAGCAAAUGCCCUUUCUAAGCUGCUGGAAGAAAUGAAAAGUCAGAUUGCCAGAAACAAAGCAAUAGAAAAAGGUGAGAUCAUGGGUCCUGAGGCCGUGCUGAGAAUUCGCUGCAAGGUGGAGGAGGCUAAAUCCAGAGAGCUGCAGGCGGACGUCCAGGCCCUGAAGGAGAAAAUCCACGAACUGAUGAACAAGGAAGACCAGCUCUCCCAGCUGCAGGUGGAUUAUUCUGUCCUGCAGCAGAGAUUCAUGGAAGAGGAAGAGAAGAAGAAGAGCAUGAGUCAAGAAGUGGACAGCCUUACCAAGGAACUGGAGGCCACGAAGCGCUACAGUCGUGCCCUGAGGCCUAGUAUGAACGGUAGGAGGAUGGUUGAUGUCCCGGUUACCUCCACAGCAGUGCAGACAGAUGUGAUAGCCGGUGAGCCUGCUGAGGAUGAGACGACAGCAGGCUUUAUCCGAAAAUCAGUCCUUGAGGAAAACCACUUCAUGAGUAACCUCAGACAACGGGGUCUUAAGAAGCCAACAGUUCUUGAACGAUACCCUCCAGCAUCUGCAGAACUUGGGGCAAGAAAAUCCUGGGGACCCUGGAUGAAAAAGAAAGAGGCCAUCACAAUCACUCAGACCACUGCCGAGAAGACCAACAGGGCAUCCCUGCUCCCGCCAGAAAUGACCAUGUCCCAAAAGCCAGGUCAGCCACUACACAUCCGAGUGACCCCAGAUCAUGGGAACAGCACUGCCACCUUGGAGAUCACCAGCCCUCGAGCUGAGGAUUUCUUCUCCAGCACCACCAUCAUCCCGACUAUCGGUCUGCAGAAGCCUCGCAUCACAAUUGUCCCUAAGCCCACAACUGUGACCACAAAGAGCAAAGCCUGUGACGUGAUGGGAGGUCUAGAUCGAGCCAAAUCUCCAGUCACAAUAACCACCAUCUCCAGGACCAAGAGUCCGGAGAAGACCAACGGCAGCAGUUCUGGCAGCCUUCAGUCUCCAGUGUCCAUCAUCACAGUCAGCACCACUCCUGUGGCCGAAGCAUGUGCUUCACCUGAGCCUCACGAAAUUACUGCGGGGCGCACUGUGAUCAAGAUGACCCCAGAGAAGCAGCCUGGGCCUGCGGCUGUCAGGAAAUACAACGGUAACAGCAACAUUAUCACAACAGAGGACAAUAAGAUCCACAUCCACUUGGGUCCACAGUUUAAAAGGCCUUCUGAGGGAUGCAGUAGUUCUGUGUUGACGCUCAGAUCUCUCGGUAUGAGCUCCGAAAGCAAAGAAACAUCGACAGGAACAGUACUCCGCUCCCCACGCCAACCCUCAACGGGGAAGACGACUCCGAGCAAGAUGACAAGCAGCAUAACAAUCACACCCAUCUCCUCGGCAGCCUCCAAGCCGACUCAAUCAGUGCCCGGUUCGGAUGUGCAAUCACCUCGGAGCUCGGUCACGCGGAUCCCUGUGUCAAAAGGUAUGAAACCCACCAGCAAGGCGGUUCUGGGAGUGUCGACGGUGACAAGGUUAGAGUCACGGGCCGAGAGCCAUUCGAUGAAAAUCGAGCUGAGGAAGUCGACACUGUGCGGCUCUGCCUCUGCAGCAGGAGGCAAGAGCUGAGGGCUGAACGCGCUGCCAUGGCAACGGCUCAAUGUGAACAUCUCGUGAUUGAGUUUGUCGCUGAAUCUGCUGCCAAAUCUGAGAUACAGGCCACAUCGGCAGACAUGCACACCGGGGACUCUGUGUGUGAUUCUGCCUUUUACAACAGCUUAGCUUUCCAAGCACUAUUUUAUGUCAUUCAGACCUUCAGUUUGCAACUUUACAUGUUUUCAGGAAAGAUUUUAUGUAAUUCACAGGGCAGGUUUUUAGGGUUUUAUGUUUAUGCACCUCUCUUUGCAUGUGGAAGCUCAAUUUUGAUUAACUUCAUCUUGGUGAUCAUCCCUGGCAGUAGGUCUAGACUUUUAAUCUCAUCAUCCAUAUUUUUCAUAGCAUGUGUUUCUUUCACCACAACUUAUGGAGGUUUCCAGUCACUGGCGCAUUGUGAGAUCGUUGUGGAGUAUGAAUCGCCACCAUUUGUGACAUGCACCAAAAUAA